AUGGCUGCUGACAGUGAAACUGAAGCUAAAAUCGACAGAUUGUGUCGUCAAAUGGAGGAAUUUGGGUUUUGCAGCCAAACGUUCCAUGCAAAUUUGAAAGGUUGGUCAACAGACUAUACAGGGCUAACUCAAAUAGCCAACAAUCAAGCCUAUAUCAAUGUAACCAAUACACUUGGAUAUAUUGAACAGCUUUUGGCAACCGUAAGUGAUCUAGCAAUGAAGAACGACUUGAUAGUAUGUGAAAAUGCAUAUAGGAUAGUGAAGGAAGCAUUUGGUGAAGGGAUUAGGUUGUUCUCACAAGGAGAUUACAGAGGAAUGUUGAACUCUGAGAGGAUUGCACCAAGAGCACAAGCAAGUUGUGAUUCCAUUUUCAGCACACCACCUGCAAAACAAAGCCCAUUGGUUGAGAGGAAUAGGGAGAUGAGGAUUCUCAUUGCCAUGGCUAUAGUAUCUGGUUCUUGCAUUGCAUAA